UUUCCUUCCGUUUGGGCACCCUCCACAAACAAGCGAAUGGCUCGGGCUACUUACAAUAUUUUUGUACUUUUAUUUUCGUAAUAUAAUGACUUAGUAAAUAUAUUAGUUGUUCGCAAAAUACUGAAAAAUCUUGGACAAUGACGACAGUGAUUCACGAGUUACUUUCCUCCGUAAUGGGGGUAUUAGUUGAAAGUGUCGUGUCAGAGUUGAGCAAACAUCUCUCGGACUUCACGAGUGUGUUAUCUGAGCAGUAUAAAAACCACAAGGGCAGUGCGGGGAUCAAAAACAAAGUUAAACAAGCGAACCAAGUAAAAACUAAAGAGUUUGCUGAAUUCAUGGAGAUGUUGAGCAAAGCAGCAGUAGAGACCAUGGUAAAGCAGAUACAUGAUCGCAUUGCUGGAAAGUUACAAGACAGACCAAAUGAAAGUCACGCAGCCAAACCUAACCCUCAGUACGGUGUCCCACAGGAGCCUGAGAAGAACAGUAGCAAUGAAGAGGAAUCAGAACACCACGACAAUGAUACUGGACUUUUGGCAAAUUAUCAGUACCAACAGUUCUCAUCUGCACAAACAGAAGCUCUUGAGGCCAGUUCAAGUUUGAAUGAAAGCCAGCCUUCUACAAGCACAAAUGGGACUGCGGAAGAGAUACACAAGCCUUUAAUUUGUGACAACUGUGGAAUAUCUUUCAGUGACGUGGCCUUGUUCAACAUUCACAAUACAGUACACAAAGAAAGACCUUUUAACUGCCAGAUGUGUGGGAGCUCUUUCAAAAUGAUGAAAUGCUUGAUGAAGCACCAGAAAUUUCAUGCAACUGAGAAUUUAUGUAUUCAAUUUGAAACUCCUCUGCAUGAACAAGAAUUCAUCGUGCAGCUGGAAACUUGCGAUGCCGUUGAUCCAUCCUUGCACACGCUUGAAGUGACUACUCCAGGUAUUUUCCAGAAUAACUCUGACAACGAGGACGUGUCUUGUACUGACAUAAUAACCAGUCAGGAUACAAAUGCAUUUCUUGUGCAGGAUUUAAAUGUUUCCAUCCAGAACACAGACGUUGAUCCGAACAUGAAUGUAAAACCAUCGAGUGAUGGUUUGUUCCACUGUAAAACCUGUGGCAAGUCUUUUGAACUGAGGUGGAAGUUAAUAAACCAUGUUCGGGCUCACGUGAAACAUUACAAAUGUUCCCACUGUGAUAAACGUUUUACAAUGAGGAGCUGCCUGAUCAGACAUGCAGCAAUGCACACUGGAGCUCAGCUCUACAAAUGUGAUAUAUGUUCCAAGUCUUUUGUAUUUCAGGCCACACUGGAGCACCACAAGCGUCUUCACACAGCAGAGAAGACGGUUACAUGCUCAAACUGUCAAAAGACUUUCCCUGGCAAACGUUCUUUCGGUAGACACAGGUGCAGAGCAGUCGAAAAGCUCUACAGCUGCCUGGUGUGCGACAAGCAGUUCAAAAUCAAACAGAACAUGCUGGAUCACCAAACACUUCACACUGGAGAGAAGCCCUACUGCUGUGAGAUGUGUGGCGAGUUUUACAGCUGCGAGAGAUAUCUGAAAAAUCACCAGAAGAGCCAUAUUGAGAAAACCUACGACUACCCGUGCGAGCUCUGCGAGAAGAGGUUCAGCGCUCGCAAACAUUUGCAGGCACACAUGCUCGUGCACACAAGAGAAAAACGGUUUGCUUGUGACAUGUGUGACAAGAAGUUUCCCACCUCUGGAAAUCUCAACAGACACAGAGCUGGCCACACAGGAGUGAAGCUGUACGGUUGUUCUAUUUGUUUGAAGAGGUACACUACUGCCUAUGCUCUAAAGAUGCACAUGCACAAGCACACUUCAAGCAAACCGUUUCUUUGUGAUGUUUGUGGAAAGGGAUUUACCAGUUCAGAUUACAUGAAAAGGCACAAGCGAAUUAUUCACGCAGGAAGGAGAGAUUGUGUGUGUUCGAUCUGUAAUAAGGCUUUUAUUUUCCCCAGUUCUCUUAACCAACACAUGCUUGUACAUACAAGAGAGAAGCACCAUGAACGACUGGUCAGUCCCUCGUUGAAGAAGUUCAGUUGUGAUCAUUGUCAGAAAAAGUUUUAUUCGCAGGCUGCCCUAACAGUUCACCAAAGGGUCCACACUAAAGAAAAGCCAUACAGUUGCGAGGUUUGUGGAAAGCGGUUUGGGUAUGCAAGUAGCAUUCAAAUGCACAUGAGAAUCCAUACGGGAGAGAGACCUUUCGGUUGCGAUGUAUGCGGUAAGACGUUCAGUCAGGCUGUACAUUUGAGGACCCAUCAGAGAGUUCACACUGGUCUGAAAUCAUUCAGUUGUGAGACCUGUGGCAAGAAGUUUGUGGAUCAAAGAAAUCUGAAACAACAUAAGUGUAAAUACACCAUGUAAAUGUUCUUCAUUUUUACAAGACCAAAGUUUUACACUAAAUUAAAUUGUGCUUUUGUUCAGUGCCGUUUGAAAUAGUUUGUGUAAUGCAUAGCAUUAUUGUGUUAAAAGAUGAUCUGAAGAAAUAAAGAGUUUUGCACAGUUCUGCAUUUUUAAUUAAGCUGUAAACAAUUCUAUUUUCAACAAGUUGAGGCAAGCUUGUGUGUGAAGAUAAUAAAAAAAAUC